UCUGUCCUGUCCUUUCUCCUCCAUCUCCAACCUCCCCCCACCCCUCCCCUCCCGAAAUUUGGAUCAAACGAACUCGCUAAACUUAAUCUCAUCCUUAAACGCGCGGCGAACGGAAUCGGAUUUGGGAGGGACGAGGCGUUUGGAUCCCAUUUUGGGGGGCUAAUCGCGGUGGGUAGUGGGUGUUAGGGUUUCGGAUCUGGUCGGUUUUUGGUUUGCUUUGGUCCUAAUCCGGCGAUGAACGGCGAGAUGAUGAUGCGGCCUCCCGUGCCGGCGCCGUACCAGGUGUGGGCGGCGACGCUGGCGCAGCAGCAGCAGCAGCAGCUCCCGCCGGUGGCGGUGGCGGUGGCGGAGGCGCCGCCGGCGGGGUUCAAGCCGGCGAGGCCCGCGUGGAAGCGGGCGGCGCGGCAGCAGCCCGGGUGGAAGCAGCGCAAGGCCGCGGCCCAGGCGCAGGGGAGGUGGGGCGGGUCGGCGGCGCCGCGCAACACGACGUCGUACCUGAUCCGGGCCAAGCGGGCGGGUGGCGUGGCGUCGCUGGUGUCGCCGUGCCCCGUGACGCCCGCCGUGCUGCCGACGCCGCGGCUGUCGCCGGCGCGGGAGGUGCUGGUGGAGAUGGCCAAGGAGGCGUGGGGCGUCGACGGGUACGGCUCCAUGAAGGGCCUCAUCCGCCUCCGCCCCCAGGCCGCCGGCCCCGACGCCGGCGACGGCGACGGCGCCGACUCGGGCUCCGGCGAGAGCGACGUGGAGGAGCACGUGGAGGUGGAGCGCCGCCUCGACCACGACCUCAGCCGCUUCGAGAUGGUGCAGCUCCCCGCCGCGCCCGCCGGCGAGGACGACGAGGACGAUGACGCCCGCGCGGCCCGGCUGGAGGAGGAGAACCUGACCCUCCGCGCGCGGCUCUUCCUGGUGGAGCGCGACAUGGCCGACCUCCGCCGCCGCCUCGUCGCCGUGGAGUCCCUCUGCCGCGACCGCCACCGCGACGGCUGCGUCGUGGACGCCGCCCUGCCUUCCCCCGCCGAAACCGACGAGGCGGCCACCGAGGACGCCAUGGUACUCUGACGUGGCCGGCCGCCCGCACCGUGCCCUGUACAUAGUUCACCGUCCCUUCCUCCUCCCCCCUGUGCAGGCGUCAACAGACAGACAGAUGUGAAUGAAGAGUAGCCAGCAGCAUCAGCAUCAGCAGUUCAAAUAGCAUCCUAGAGCCAGUUAUUACUCUUCCUUCCCUCCUUGAAUCCCCAUAGCAGUCCGAUCUGUGGUUGUGUCAUCAGGUAGCCAGAUCCCCAUUCCAUGCCCAUCAUGUAGUCGUAGCAGCAUUAGGAAGGAGUCAACCAAACCAAUGUUUUCAUGUAGAUGUACUAGCGGUUAACCGGCGUCAAUGGCGGGCACCGGCGAGGAAGACGAAGACGACGCGGGGCCAGCGUUCCUCUAGAUCCAUCCAGUGCCUGCCAAACUCGGCAACUCCAGUUAUUAGUCAGUAGUAGCAGCAUUUGUUGUGAUUCUGAACAUGUUGUUCCAUUAUUGCAUUCCGCAUUCUGUACCA